CAGCUGACCACUUCAGGUCCACAUCUGCACUCAGUGAGGUUGUGAUCACACUGCUCUGUGUGUGGGACUUUCUGAUUCUCCAACAAACAAGAUGCAGAACAGGAUGGAGAACUUUGGAGCUCAGCAGCAUCUGUUCAGGAAGAGCACCACCUACCUGGCUAAGAUCGCUGUCGUCCUCCAAGACGCCCCAGACAAGAUGCUCACUUUUACUCAGUUGAUGGACAAGCUGACACCACUAAUCUCUGAAGACAGAAAAUCUGUUGAGAACAACAUCAGAGUCUGUCUAUCAACCAACAAAUGUUUUGUCAAGAUUCCAGUGGUUCCAGAUUCACUGGACAGCAAGAGAAACUACUGGAAACUGGACCCCAGCCAGAUCACAGCAAAGAUGGUGCGUCGUCACUUCAAAGGAAUCCUGCAGCUCUUCCCUGAGUUGGCCUCCAAAGUGGAAAUGGAGACCACGAGCAGACCAUCAGAGCACUGCUCAGCUCUCCAUUCUCCUGAACCUGCAGCCUGUGGAGCUGUUCAGAUCAGAUGUGAGGUGAAGUUCAGCAGUCCUUUCUCCAUUGAAUCCCUCCUGAAGAGAGACAGUCCCUCUGCUCGGACCUCCAGAGCUUUUCCUCUGUCCAAUGUGCCGGUCAGAGCAGAGCAGCAGCCUCGGUCUACACAUGGACGAGUUGGGACAAAGAGGAGCUUGAUCUGGGACUCUGAGGAGCCUCUCCUCCUUCAAGCUUCAGCUAGAAGUUCACCAAUGUGUUCAACAGGGGGCAGCACACACCAGGGACUCACUGCUAAUGGAGCUGCUAAGCCCAUCAAGAAGAGGAUGCAUGUGUACACUGAGGCCUCAUUCCCCGUCUACACAAGAGCCAGUGCUGCUCCUUAUUUCAGCAGUCCACACAGCAGUUACAUCACAUACUCUGUACCCACAUUUACCCACGACGCUCUCCGUUUUUGGCUGUAAUGUGUCGACAUACCAGACAAAC